CAACGACGCCCAGCAUCCCAAAACAAAACCAACAUGAGAUGAGAACCUCUCCCACAACUUCUCUGCCUCGCUUUCUGCAGGCCAUAACCCGUCCACUACCCAGGCGCCAUACGACCUUGCAAUUUAGUCCGCCAUUAGGCAGGUUCUUGAAAGAUAGAGCCUUCAUCAUGACAGGACCCAUCACCGAUGGCGCGCAGCCGUAUACCACCAUGGCCGGGAAGCUGGACUCCAAGCUCCUGCAGGCCCUCGAUGUCAUGGGGUUUACGAAUCUGACCCCAGUCCAGCAGCGGGUUUUGACCGACCUGCCCAAUUGGCGCAGUGACUGCCUUGUCCAGGCCAAGACCGGCACUGGCAAAACCAUCGCCUUUCUGCUCCCUGCAUUGCACUGUCUUCUCCAGGGAUCGUCCGCAACCCCCAGAGGUCAGGUUGCUAUCUUGAUCAUUACGCCCACGCGUGAACUGGCCCAGCAAAUUGCCAAGUCUUGUGAUCAACUGACCUCGCAACUGUCGACCCCUUUGCGGUGCGACAUCGCCGUGGGUGGAACUGCUCGGGCAUCGGCCUUUGCGCGCUUCAUGAGGGAGGCUCCAUCCGUUCUGGUCGCCACUCCCGGUCGCUUGAAGGACUACCUGUCCGACCCCGCUGCGGCCGAGAAGAUGUCUAACAUCCAAACCCUGGUGUUGGACGAAGCCGACACGAUGCUUGAGGCUGGCUUUCUCGCUGACGUGAAGCAAAUCCUCCGGCUUAUUCCCCCCAAGAGUACGGGAUGGCAGGGCAUGUGUUUCUCCGCCACCGUUCCUCCCAAGGUUCGAGACGUGAUCAACGUGGUGUUGAAGCCAGGCUACAGUAGCAUUUCCACCAUUGAGAAGAAUGAGGCCCCCACGCAUGAGAGAGUACCCCAGUACCACGUGCUGAUGUCGUCUGUGGCAGAGACCUUUACCACGCUUACGUCUUUGAUUCAGUUGGAAAGCAGGACCAGCUCGAAAAUCAUCGUGUUCGGCGUCACUGCCAACAUGGUGGCUCUCUUUGCGGCGGCCUUUGCCCGGGGCUUGACGCCGUUGAAGGUGUUCGAGAUUCAUUCCCGACUCAGUCAAAGCGUUCGCACCAAGACCACGGAGCAAUUCAAGGAGGCGGAUUCCGGGAUUUUGUUCGCGUCAGAUGUCAUUGGCCGUGGCAUGGACUUCCCCAAUGUCGACUUGGUGAUCCAGGUCGGACUGCCCACGAACGGGGAACAGUACGUUCAUCGGGUCGGUCGUACGGCCCGUGCCGGCAAUGACGGUCGCGCCAUCAUUCUUCUCACGGAAGCCGAAUCGUUUUUCAUGAAGACCAAUCGCCACCUGCCCAUCAAGCCCCAUCCCCAAACCGAUGCGAUCACUGCGGGCGCUGCGUCAUGUACGGAAACCGUCACCAAGGUCAUGUACACCAUCGAGGAGGAGAAAAAGCAACGUGCCUACUCGUCUUUCAUCGGCUUCUUUGCGGGGUCGGGUCUCCUGAAGCAGCUUCGUAUCGACAAGGCUGGUCUUGUUCAACUCGCCAACGAGAUGGCCAUCAAGGGUAUGGCGUGCCCGGAGCCCCCACCGAUGGACAAGAAGAUUAUUGGCAAGAUGGGGUUGAAGGGCGUUCCCGGAUUCAACUAUGCCAGCGGGGAUGACUUGGUUCGCAGGCCCCACCAUCGUACUUCGGGCAAGCCUCGCGAUGUGCUCAGCCAUGGAGGAGACCGACGAGGAGGAGUGGAGAAGAGACGGGGUGGAGGAGGUGGCCGUGGGCGUGGAGGGAGUCAGAGAGUUUGAAUCUCUGCUUAGAUUGCGAGCGAUUUCGGCAAGACCAUAGAAUUAGAUUCCAGUAUAAUGCAGAUGCUAGUAUAGUUAUUGGAAAUACCGAUCAUAAAUGUUAUA